GCAUCAUCAUAUAUUUUAUCGCUUGUGAAUAAUCCACAAUAUUAUCCUGAUGGUUUUAUUAUCGAUUCACGACCCGUUGAUAUCACAUUUGCAAAUCCCAGCAGCUUUAUACCAGCCUAUGCAACAACUGAAUGGACAAUUUGGGGUGAUGAUGGUAUUGCGAUGUCAUAUUGGGAUCAGAAAGCAUAUGCAGUCGAAUACAGUAGUGGCAACGGCGAUGGCGGCGGUACUGUAGAAGAUGAACUUGAUGCAUUUUAUUCAGAUAUGGGAGCAGCACUUACAUCAUCAGGAAAAUCUGAAUCUAAAUCUAUUUUUUCGGUUUCUGAUAUGGUAGUAACAACAACAUGA